CGCCGGCGGCGGCUGCACCGGCCCUUUCUGCCGUUAGGACCCCGGCGCUGGGCUGGGCCGCGCCGCGACUCUGUCGCCCGUGGGAGAGUGGGCUGCCCCGUGCCGCCGGCAGCCGCUGUGCAGCCGGGCAGCGGGACCGUGCCGUGCUGAGGGCAGGCGUCCCUAACGCUGGCCCGCAGCCUGCUCCUCGAGCUGCCGCUCCCCUGAGCCUUCCUGGAGCAAGUUGGGAACCUGGAGCAACUCCGGCGGUGGAGCAGGCAGGGAACCUGCUGCAGACCUCCGCCCGGCCCCUCGGAGCUGACCUGAGCCGAGACCUCCUGCUGCCCUCGCCCGGCUGCAGUAGCCGCAAAUCCACGCUGAGGUGGGGGCUUCCAUCGCUAAUUAGCACUGCAAGGCUUGAGCUGUGAUCGCAGCUGCUGACCGUGAAGCAAAAGAGUCUGUAAUCUGAGCACAGAGAGGAAAGCUUGAUUACGUUCCGUUCCAUCUGUUUUGACAUCACGCACGUGAGCAGUGGGUAUUGAGAUGGACAGUGUUUCCUCAGGCUCUUCUCUGCAGUUACUUGCCCAGCUACUUCGUGACACUCAAGAUGAUGAUGACGAUGAACGUGUGCCACACUGUUCUGCUACCACCAUGACUCCGGGUAGUAUUGGACCAGUAAAGAAAGAGACCACUGGUACUUUUCAGGUGAAAUCUGAAAACAGGAAAACUAUUUGGAAUACAGAGGAAAUCCCAGAAGGAUCUGAAUUUGAUGAUACCUGGGACCCUAGAGAACAGCCAGAGUAUGAGAUUUUAUUCAAACAAUGUGUGGGAACAGAGGACGUCUUCUUUGGGAUGAGCAGGAAAGACCCCUCCACAGCCUGCUGUGAAGAUAUAGUGAUUAAAAUCAAGCUUCCAGAGGCAAAGUACUCAGACAUCACAUUAGAUAUCCAGGACAAGGUUCUUGAUCUUCGAACUCCCAAAAAGAAGCUGCUGCUGCACCUCCCCUACCAUGUAGACAGCAAGAAUGGUAAAGCUCGUUUUCUCUCUGAAGAGGAGACCUUGGAAGUCACCUUGAGAGUAUCAAGGAAGUUUGAUUUCAUAAAUUUUGUCUGAUGGAUAGAGGAAUAAAGAAAGUUUGCAAAAAA